AUGGUGUGCGUGACAUCAAAGAUAAUUACAGACAUAUCUGUUUUAUCUGUGCUGUCAAAAUUGAUUGAAAAGCACGUUGCACGAUCUCUCAUGAGCUACCUUGCGGAGAACAGGUUGUUGUAUCAUCUGCAGUCAGCAUUUCGCGAAGGCCAUUCCACUGAUUCAGCUCUGAUAAACUUGACAGACAAGAUAUUGUUUAAUUUGGACCAUGAUGAGGUUACCGGAAUGGUGUUUGUCGACUUUAGAAAGGCUUUUGACGUAAUUAACCAUGAGAUUCUCCUAAAAAAGUUGGAACUUUAUAGAGUGACUGAUGUAGCGUUGACCUGGUUUAAGUCCUACCUUUGUGAUCGCUACCAAUUUGUUUCUCUCGAAGGUAAAUCGUCUGAAUGCUUACCACUGACGAAAGGGGUACCACAGGGUUCAGUCUUGGGACCUGUAUUAUUUCUGCUAUUUGUGAAUGAUUUACCACUUCAUUUACAAUAUUCUUCAGUCGACAUGUUUGCUGAUGACACUACUAUGUAUGCAUGUGCUCACUAUUUGGACAUUUCUUCGAUGAAUGAUGGUUUAAAUAGUGACCUUCAUGCUCUUAAUGAAUGGUCGUUGCAAAAUAAAAUGUUCAUAAAUGCACGAAAAACAAACUCCAUGCUUGUGACUGGAAAAAGGAUACCAAAGAAAUUGGACUCACAGAAUGACCCAUGUCUGCAGCUCAAGAUAGAUGGCGUUGAUGUCAGCAGUGUUGCCUCGAAAAAACUUUUAGGAAUUACCUUGGAUUCUAAAAUGAGUUAUGAAACGCAUGUCGAGGAACUAGCGAAGAAGAUUUCAAAACGAUUAGGAUUCCUUAAACAUAUCAGUCCUUAUCUCAAGCAACAUCAACGAGAAACAUUUUAUACUUGCGUUAUCAAGCCCACUCUCAUGUACGGUAGUGUGGUCUGGGACAGCUGUAAUAUCAAUUGUCAUCAAAGACUUUUGAAACUUCAGAAGAGGGCGGCAAGAAUUAUUCUAGAUGUUGAUAAAAGAACGCCCUCAAUUGAACUUUUUAAUAAGCUAGCUAAAUUGGCUGCCUUUGUCGAAACAGUCUCUUAUAUACCCUGCGAGCAGAGCCUUAUUUUCGUUUCUUCGGCGAGGGGGAAAGGAGAAAAUAAGGCUCUGCAGUAUUCGUGUUUUGCUUCCAUUGCGCAUGCUCUGUCGGUUGCCUAGUUACAGCUAUAUGAAAUUUUAGACCUGUCUUCGCAGACGUCCGCCUUUAUUACUAGCGAAUCAAAAUUCACCAUCGUUUGA